AUGGCCGCCGCACGGCUCUCCGCCCCUGCCCUGAUCCGGCUCGAGCGCAUCAUACAGCAAUACUCGACCGUCCCUCUCUACCCUGGAUAUGUACCCGUACCGGCAUUCACGAUCGUACACUCGGUGAGGACGUAUGUUGCUUGGGCGCAGGCGACGAAAGCAACGGGCGCGCAGGGCAAGCUUGGGUUCUUGCAAGGGUUGUUUGGGUAUUUGGUCGUUUCCUGGAGCGGGAUGACAAUGUCCUGCAUCCUCCUCGUCGUACCACCAAUAUGGAUGUACAACGCACAGUACUUCCUGACCUACGUGUGUGCCUUCUGCUUGCUCUCGAUCGGACCCAUCCCAGACAUCCUCUGCCAACUCCCAGCCGAGCCCCUCGCCAUCCUAGACGGGUUCUACCGCACAUCAGGGGCGAUAGGCAUGAUGCAGCUCGCGCAGAAGAACCCAAGCGUGGGGCUGCGUACCUCGCCCCUUACAGUUUUGGUCCUGGGAGCUGUCACCUCGGGUGGGGGAACCCUCGUCAUCCCCACCUUUGGCUUAGCAGAGCUCGAUUGGACUCUCCGCACCCCGCCCGUGCUGAAGGGUGACAUAUGGACAACGCUCGACCUCUGGGCAGGCGCGGUCGUCGUUGCGGUAUAUGCUUUUCUGAGCGAGGCGCACCCCGGACUGAACCUCCGCCUGCUCGGGAUCAAUGGCAUGGAAGAUUAUAGGGGCCGCAUACACCCCUGGUUUUCCGAGGCUGAGGCAAAAGUCAUCGCUAUCAUUGUGGGGAUUACGAUCUUUUCGUUGCGCGCUGGGCGCCCGAUGGCCAAGCCCGUCAAUCCGACGAGUAAGGCCAAGGCGGCGAAGGCGGCGGAGAAACGGCACGAGGUGAAGGAUAAAGAGAGUGUGGAUCUGAGUUCGUCUUCCUCCGCCAUAUCGACCUCGAUCGGAGCGACCACUACCCCGAAGAAAGAAGAAAAAGGCGAAGAAGGAGACGCCCAACAUCAUGGUGAGUCAAUAAUAGAUUUUCAGGCAAUGGCAAUUUAG